ACAUUUGUGUCAUACAUACUCAUUUCCAUUUCCUUUAUCAAAACAAAACUACAUUAUUCCUCCGUACCGUUAUAUCAUUUCCCUACAUUAUAUAGUAUAAAGUUAGUAGCUAACGGCUUCAUCAAUGGCUGCCAUUUCUCGAAAACCCGAUGUGCAAACGGUGCCCGCUACGCCACACAAGGGGGUCGUCGACGAUCAGCCAGUGCCCGAGAACUCCAAGAAUAAGAAAAGAAACCGGAAAGAUGUGAGCUACAAACACCCGGUUUUUAGGGGAGUUAGAAUGCGGAGUUGGGGGAAAUGGGUGUCUGAGAUCCGACAACCACGAAAGAAGUCCCGCAUUUGGCUUGGAACCUUUUCGACGGCUGAGAUGGCCGCCAAAGCUCACGAUGUCGCCGCCUUAUCGAUCAAAGGUAAUUCUGCUAUUCUCAACUUCCCUGAACUCAAAGAUUCAUUACCUCGUCCCGUUUCUCUUUCUCCACGCCACGUUCAAGAAGCGGCCGCAAAAGCAGCCAGCAUGUUAGAGUUCGCCAGAACUCCAACGCCACCAACACAACCACCGUUGACCGAGUCAAACCCGGUGGAUGAACUUGGUGAGAUCACUGAGUUACCGAGUUUAGAUGGGAAUGAGUUGGUGAUGGUUGACUCAGUGGACCAAUGGGUGUAUCCAUCAUGGGAAGUGGCUGACAUUGAUGGUUUUUUAGAAUAUGUUUCCUAUCAAAUGGCGGAUAACUGCAACACUCAACUAAUAUUGGAUUGCUAGAAUACUACUUAUUAUUGGUGUACUAUAAGUUAUACGAUAUAUACUUUUUAUACUGUAAAAUAUAAAGAUAUAUGUUAACUUUCUUUUUCCUUUUUU